AUGGGUGGAGAGAUGGGUGGAGAGAUGGAUGGAGAGAUGGGUGGAGAGAUGGGUGGAGAGAUGGGUGGAGAGAUGGGUGGAGAGAUGGAUGGAGAGAUGGGUGGAGAGAUGGAUGGAGAGAUGGGUGGAGAGAUGGAUGGAGAGAUGGGUGGAGAGGUGGGUGGAGAGAUGGGUGGAGAGAUGGAUGGAGAGAUGGAUGGAGAGAUGGGUGGAGAGAUGAAUGAAGAGAGUAUAUAUUAA